AUGACCGAACUACAGCAAGAUGUGGAAGACACAAAGCCUGCCAAAGUGCUCGGGAAGAGAGAGGGCAAAGUGGGCUCGGCCCACUCAGAGGCUGAGAAUGGUGUGGAGGAGAAAAAGAAGGUCUGCAGGUCCCCAACAGCCCAGUCUCCCACCCGGUCCAGCGAGGCCGAGUCCCCAGACCAGAAGAACGUCAUCUGCCUGCGGUCAAAAUCCAGUUGUGAUGGUGCCUCUGUAGCAAGCGAUAAGAACGACUGUAAAUCAGAAAGCAAAAAUGACGCUAAGACUGAAAGGAAAAGGAAAAAGUCUUCGUCUUCCAGCCAGUGCCAGGCGAACAUGCACUUUCACAAGCUGUUUCUUGAUGUCCCAACUGAAGAACCGUUGCGGCAAAGUUUUACCUGUGCUCUACAGAAAGAACUUUUGUACCAAGGGAAGCUGUUUGUAUCAGAAAACUGGAUUUGUUUUCAUUCCAAGGUCUUUGGAAAAGACACCAGGAUCUCUAUUCCAGCCUUCUCUGUAACCCUAAUAAAGAAAACCAAAACUGCCCUGCUGGUGCCAAAUGCCCUGAUUAUAGCGACAGUCACAGACAGGUACAUAUUUCUCUCCUUCCUCUCCAGAGACUCAACUUAUAAACUACUAAAAUCUGUUUGUGGACACUUAGAAAAUACAAGCGUCGGUAACAGUCCCAAUCCGUCUUCUCUUGAAAACAGUUUCCGGGCAGACUGCCCUUCAUCUCUGCCUCUGGAUUUCAACGAUGAAUUCUCAGAUCUGGAUGGAGUGGUUCAGCAAAGACGGCAAGACAUGGAAGGGUACAGCAGUUCUGGUUCUCAGACUCCCGAAUCCAAGAACUCGCGAGAUUCCCAUGUGACAGCAUCCCAGACAGUUCUAAAAGUCUCCAAGGGAGAAGCAAAAUCAACAAGGGCAGAUGCCCAUGUGCACAGAGCACCUGAAGGAAAAGCCAAGAGUCUCCCUGCACAGGCCGUUGGUCAAUCAGAAUCCAUUGGAAUCUUACACAAAGUCAAGUCCCAGAAAUGUCCAAAUCUUGGCCAUAUUCUUAUCUUCUACGCCAUUGUUGUCUGCGCAUUAAUCAUCUCGACCUUCUACAUGAGAUAUAGAAUUAAUACUCUGGAGGAGCAGCUGGGGUUACUGACCUCCGUUAUGGAUACCCUUCAUACUGAGCAAGCAGCACCAUCUGGCCUGGGGUCACAAGUACAAUUAAACGUGGAGGUCCUCUGCCGGGAGCUUACAGCUAACAUAAGGAAACUAGAAAAGAUACAGAACAACUUACAAAAGUUGCUUGAGAAUGGUGUCUGA